CAUUUGCGGUCUACUUCCGUUUGUCAAAUUUGUCAAAGCUUGCGGCACAAUUCGUACACUGGUGAUUUUUUCGUAUUAAAAUAUUUAAAAUAUACUUAAAAAAUGGCUUUCGGUGACGUCACUACCCCACAAGGUCUCAAGGAGUUGGAGAAAUUCCUUGCUGACAACAGCUACAUUAGCGGAUAUUCACCCAGCAAAGCCGAUACAUCAGUGUUCGAUGCUUUGGGCAAGGCACCAACAGGCAACUUCCCACAUGUACAACGUUGGUACCGCCACAUCGCUUCUUACGAGUCUGUCAAGCGUGCCGCCUGGGGCGGUUCCCCACUACCACAGGUAGCUGGUGCCAAGCCCACAGUUGCAGCUCCUGCUGCUGCUGCCGCUGCUGAUGAUGAUGAUGAUGUAGAUCUCUUCGGUUCCGACGACGAAGAGGAAGACGCAGAGGCUGCGCGCAUCCGUGAAGAACGCGUUGCCGCAUAUGCUGCUAAAAAAUCAAAGAAACCUGCGCUGAUUGCCAAGUCCUCAGUCUUGCUUGAUGUCAAGCCAUGGGAUGAUGAGACCGACAUGAAAGAAUUGGAGAACUGUGUGCGCACCAUUGAGAUGGACGGCCUUUUGUGGGGUGCCUCCAAGCUGGUGCCAGUCGGCUAUGGUAUUAACAAAUUGCAGAUCAUGUGCGUUAUUGAAGACGAAAAAGUAUCAAUCGAUUUGCUGACUGAAAAGAUUCAGGAAUUCGAAGAAUUCGUUCAGUCCGUUGAUAUCGCUGCCUUCAAUAAGAUCUAAUCAUGGAGAUUCUUACCUCUUUACAUUUAUAAAUUCCGUUUUUUAACUUUGGACUAAAAAUAAAGUGCACAACAGAGCAUAGCAA